AUGGGAGAGGAGGCGGCGGCGAGGCCAAGCAAGAAGGCGUGCAGGGCCGCCGCUUCUGGCCUGACGGCGUUCGCGCUCCGCCUGGCGAUGCGUCUCGCCGAUGACACUGAUGAGGGCGCUGGCGUCGUCGACGGAGGCGGCCAAAACGUCGUCUUCUCGCCGGUGUCCAUCUACAUGGCGCUAGCCCUGAUGUCCGCCGGCACACGUGGUACCACCCUGGACGAGGUGCUGACCGUGCUCGGCUCGGCGUCGCGCGACGAGAUCGCCGAGUUCGUCCGUGGCGUGGUGGAGCGCGCCCUUGCCGACCGUUCCGAGUCCGGUGCGCCGCUUGUCGCGUUCGCGUGCGCACUCUGGCACGAGAAGACGCUGGCUCUGAAGCCAGCUUACAGCGCAGCCGCCGUUGAAUCCUACAAGGCCGAGACGCACGCCGCCGAUUUCCUCUAUAAGCCAGAGGAGGCAAGAGAGGAAAUCAACGCAUGGGUUUCCAAAGUCACGAAGGAUCUCAUCACCUCAAUCCUUCCUCCAGAUUCUGUAAACUCUGACACCGGCCUAGUGCUCGCCAACGCCAUCUACUUCAAGGGCAGGUGGUCCAUGCCCUUCGCCAAGAAGGACACCGAGACCAGGCGCUUCCAGCGGCUCGACGGCAGCCACGAUAAGGCGGUGGCGGAGUACGACGGGUUCAAGGUGCUCAAGCUAGCCUACCAUCCAUACCGUCUACCCCACUGGGAAGACAGAUAUGGGGGCGGCCGUAAUCUUCAUGCUAAGCAGCAAGACGGGGAGGCGGGCUCCCGGUUCUCGAUGUGCGUCUUCCUCCCGGACGCCCACGACGGCCUGCCGAGCCUCGUGGAGAAGAUGGCCUCCUGCCCCAGCUUCCUGUGGGACCACAUGCCGACUGAACGCGUCGAGGUUCGCGAGUUGCGGCUGCCAAAGUUCAAGCUCUCCUUCUCCAGCAGAAUCAAUGGCGUUCUCAAGGCGAUGGGGAUCAAGGCCGCCUUUAAGCCAGGCACUGCCGACCUCUCAGACAUGCUGGAGGGCAGGACUGACCUGGUGUUGGAGCAUGUUUUCCACAAGGCGGUCAUCGAGGUGAACGAGGAAGGCACAGAAGCAGCGGCCUCUUCUGCUUGCAUGAUGAGAUUGCUCUGUUAUAGUUAUAGGCGCCCUGUCAAUUUUGUCGCCGACCAUCCGUUUGCGUUCUUUGUGGUGGAGGAGGUGUCUGGUGUCGUCGUCUUCAUGGGACACGUUCUCGACCCAACGAAAUCAGAGUAA